UGCAUGCUGGGCGCUUUCAACGACGUCAGGACAAUCGUGAGGGGGGUGCGAGUCAAAGUCUUACAAAAGAGUGAAAAUAACGGAAUAUCCGAAGAAAUUGUCCAGCAAACUUUUCGAGAUUAAUCGGGCACUGACUCCUGUCAUUGGACCAGCUGGCAUUGGACGGGGUGUUGGACCCUCCCCCUGCACAGCGAUGGAAUGAGACAAUAGCUGUGGGUGUUUGAUGUCGUGCCUCCCCCCUCUUUGUUUGCCCCUUCUACAUAUCCAGGAAGAUAUCCACAUUCUCUCACAACACACCCCUUGACCACUCUGGCCCCUACAUGCUAUGUUAUGCUUUGUUGUGAAGGGGCCAUGAGGUUUGUACUGGACAUUUCAUGAGUGCUGCUGUUGAGGACCCUUGGGGAACAAAACAAUCAGUUUCCUUCCAGCAAGCAGACACAUCCUCCUGGGGUCUACAGCUUUGUUCCAUCACCAUGUUCACACUGCAGUCCAAAUGGCGCUACCUGAUCAUGCUCUUGGGCGUCCAGUUGGUAGUCAUGGCUAUUCUCUCCAGAGAGGGCUGCCAGAAAAGGGUGUCAUAUUUUUUCCGGAUUUUCCGUAAGUCUGAUUCUGUGAUGGGACAUGUAGUUGGUGGGCGGAACCACACGGAUGUCUAUGCCAACCUUUCCCUACUGGGCCCAGCUCUGAAUAAAGAGGACAUGCCCUACUGCCCCAAGCAGUCUCCUCUGAUUGGUGGACCAAUCCAUGUCACCUUCCCUUCUGGGCUUACGCUCGCUGAAGUGGAGAGAAAAAAUCCUCUUGUUGUCCGUGGUGGACGCUAUAGACCACCAAACUGUGAUGCACGCCACCGAACUGCCAUAAUCAUUCCUCACAGAAGCAGAGAGCACCACCUCAAAUUUCUCCUUUACUAUCUGCAUCCUUUCCUUCAGCGUCAGCAGCUCAACUAUGGCAUCUAUGUCAUUGAACAGGCUGGUAAUUAUACCUUUAACCGAGCGAAACUCAUGAACGUGGGUUUUCGUGAGGCAAUGAGGGAUGAGGAUUGGGACUGUCUCUUCUUCCAUGAUGUAGACCUUAUUCCUGAAGAUGACCGCAACACCUACGUCUGCGACACUCACCCCAAACACGCCGCCAUUGCCAUGGACAAAUUUGGUUACAAGUUGCCUUACAAGAUGUAUUUUGGAGGAGUGUCCGCUCUGACCCCUAAUCAGUACCUCAAGAUGAACGGUUUCCCCAACAAUUACUGGGGCUGGGGAGGCGAGGAUGAUGACAUCGGAAUCCGGGUUUCACUCGGAGGAAUGCUGAUCAGUCGACCAUCUAUAAAUGUGGGCAGAUAUAAGAUGAUCAAGCACAAGCACGACAAGGGCAAUGAAGUGAAUCCCAGAAGGUUUAACAUGUUGGCAAAGACCCGGCACACGUGGAAACAGGACGGUAUGAAUACGGUGGAUUACGAGAUUGUGUCUCGGGAUUAUCUACAGCUUUACACCAACAUCACCGUCAACAUUGGCACUGAGAAAGGACUGCAUCUGGCAAAAAAAGCUGCUUCCUAGUCUGAUAGGCCCAGUACUCUUUCCUUGCACCAAUGCAGCACAGUAUGAAGAACACUUUCUCCAUAUCCACAGGCCAGUGAAUCAAAAGGAACAUCAUGCCUUUAUUGCAGCACAGACAUUGCUUCCUCUGUUACUGUGGUGCCACAUAGUGGACCCAAGAUUCUCUGUCCUACUUGUUCUCUUCUUCCCCAAAGUUUGAUCUUUUGUAUCUUAUACUGGUUCACUUUAUCAGUCAGGAUGCUGCAGAUAACUGGUCCAAAAACUGACUACGCCAGAGACUCGCGACCCCACCAGUGAAGAACCACUCUGCAGGAAGGACAUGUUUCCUAAUGGACAAACUCUUGGUACAUCCUCUGUGCCCGAGAGCACUGGUAAAAUCCUCUGUUGCCUUAGAAUCAAGCUGCACUCUCUCCUUACAUUUCUUAUAUGAUGACUGAAGCCUAGGUUUGGCCACCCACGGUUGACAUAUAGAUGGGUACAUUAGUUUUCAUUCACCAUGCGAGUGAAAUGAGGAAUGGCCAUGCACUACUCUGUGAGACCGAUGCAUUUCUGGUUCAGUAAAUUAGAACUGUAAUGCAGGUGGGUGGAAUUAUUUUUACAUUUUAUUUAAGGGAUAAUUAAUCCAAAAAUACAAAUUCUGCCAUUUAGUCUCCCUCAUGUUGCUCUAAACCCGUAUUACUUACUUUUUUCUGUGGAACACAAAAGGAGACGUAUAAUGAAAGUCACCGUUCACUUUCAUUUUAUGGUAAAAACAAAAAGUGAAUGGUGGUUGAACACAACCUUCUGUCUAACAUCUCAGUUUGUGUUUCAUGGAGAGAAAAAAAGACUCUUUAACCUAAAGGUUUAAACAACAUGCGGGUGAGUAAAUCAUGGCAGAAUUGAAUUUUUGGGUGAGCUAUCCCUUUAAAUGUACAUUUUAAGUAACUCAAUAAGAACUGGCCUUUUUUUCUUAAUUUUCUUUAGAAAUAACCACUCUGCAUGUUUCGUUUUUUAAAAUUAUUAUUAUUCCUGAAAUUUCGCCAUUGCCUUUGGUUCUCUUAAUAAUAGAACUGGCUUUAUAAUCAACACUCUGCCUCUUACGUUCAUGAAAUAUUCAGGACACUGCAUUUUACCUGCAUGGAUUUGUUAAAUUUAUGAAUUUCUGGAUUGUUUAAACUUUUGCAAAGUUGUUCUGCUCUGUUAGCAAUAGGCAUGUUGAAUGUAUCUAUCUCUAAGUUUGGUGAGAGAAUAUGUCACGUCAGUGCAGAACGCAUCAUGUCGUGUGUCAGUUCAGCUGGUUUCAUGAAGAUUGCAUGCUUCAGGAGUCCUUGAGGCUUUGUCACGAGUCAAACGCAUAUGUUUGCUAACAUGCCUAAUUGCACAAAAUUAAGCUUUUGAAUCUGUUUCUGUUUCCUUUUGACCGCACAGUUUAAUUAUUCAGAGGAAAUUGACCAGAAAAGCAAUUUAAACUUCUAUCCAAAAGCCGCCUCCAUCAAAAAAAAACAACCAUUCUUGCAUAAACCGUUGCACUGAAUUAAAUGUCCUAAAGUUUGUUAGAAUUAAUUCAGGUUGUGUUUCAUUAAGGAACCCAUUAUUAUCAUAAUUUGAAUAAAGAAAAGAGAGUUAAUACUUGAACAUAUAAAUGUUUGGUUUGACCAACAAACAUAAAACUUUUAAUUAUUUUUUUUUGUAUGUGAUUCAUUGCAAGUAAGUGCAAUCCUCAAAGAAAUGCUGAUUGAAAACAUAUCCAUUUCAUGUUUGUACAUUUCACAACAUAACUGCAGCUGUUCUCAUAAGUUUUGGGGAAAAUCUGCAUCCGUUUUACUCUGAAUACUGAGAAUACGUCUGAAUUAUGGCCUCCACUGGCUAAUGUUAACCUCAUAUUUGCCAUGCCUUCUUCCUAGGUGAUUUAACCUCUAAACAUCUUUGUUGUUCAGUCCCUCCACAUUGUGAAAGGGGCCCUUUAACUGUCAGGUGGCCAGAUACAUGGAUGUAGUACACCGUAUGUGAUGGCAAAUGAGUGUUGAGUUGUGUGAUGUUGGAGUUUGUUAGACUGACAGAAGUCGAUUCAUAUGUUGGUUGUUUCAGACUCGGCUCGUUCUGUGUGAAUGUGUAAGAUGAAAGUACCGCUCAUGAAAACAUGUCUGAGUUAUAUUUCACUCUAAAAACUAAAGGAAAAAAAAAAGUAAUUGUAUUUUGCAUUACAAAAAUGAAGCCUAUUUUCUAGGAUCAUUGAGGUUUUUGCAUUCUGAAAUAUUUCAUGAUAAUUAAGCACAUUUUCUCCCAAAUUCUCAUUAGCAUAAUGCAUCUGUAAAUGUUACUUUGGAGUUAUUUUGUCAUUUCUAUAAUCCACAGUGACGAUCGUCAUAACGGUAAUAGUUGUUUUUGUAUGCAACAAUAUUUUUAUUUAAAUCUGCAUUCAUUUGUAGGGAUAGUUCACCAAAAAAUGAAAUUACUCACCUUCUUGCCAUCCCAAAUGUGUAUGACUAUUUCGAAGAAUAUCUUUGUAGGUCCACUUAGUGCAAGUGAAUGGUGACCAAAAUGUUUACGCUCCAAAAAGCAACAUAAAAGUAAUCCACAUGACUCCUGUGGUUUAGUCAUCUGAUGUGAUCAAGCUGGUUUUGGGUGAGAACGGACCAAAAUGUCACUCCUUUUUCACUGUACAUCUUGCCAUUGCAGUGUCUAGGCUCAAACAUGAUUUCGAUCUUUCACAUCCUAUUGCUUGACUCAUGCACAGAGCACUAGAUAGCACUGUAGGAAGUGUAAACAAGCUUGAAAUCACGAUUGCCAAGGAGACUGCUGAUGUCCAAAUUUA